AAAGAAGAAACAAAAGAAGGAAGGAAAAAACGCGACUCGGAUCCCAACUCGGAAAGGUGUGUGCAAAUGUCGGACGUCGUUUUUCGCGUGAAAAAUUAAGUUUUGCCGGGCGCAAAGUGGACAAUCUGUGCGCCGGAAGUUGCCCGGAAGUGGCUCGCGACCAAAGUCGAGUGAAAGCAGAGUGUGUUUGAUGGGAAAAAGGAUUUUUGCCUUGCCGUUUUUUUCAUCUCAGGAUUUUUGAUUCCGAAAUCGAAGAAGGCUCUGCGGCCCCAGUCUGGAGUUGUGUUUGUGUGUGAAGGGUCGCGUCACUGUGCUAGUGUGCGUAUGUGUGUGUGUGUGUACGUGGUUGAUGCCCCGCGAAUGAAUUAAAAAUUCAGUGGAAGGAAGAAAAAAAGGAGCAGCGAAGAACAGCCAGAACAAAGAAGAACGAGACGGAAAGCACACAAACAAAACGCAGAGCAACCGGAGCGCGCGCGUGUGUGUGUACAGGUGUAAGUGAGAAGUGAGAGAGAGCACCACCCUCUCACUCCCCCUCUCGCGCCAGGUGAGAUUGUCACAGGAAUAAAAAAGAGGAGCCAAAAGUCAGCGCAGCAGUCUGAGAAGAGAAGAGCUGAGCUGAGCUGAGUUCGCGUCGAGACGGCCAGCAUAAAUAAUUUCUGUGUGACGGUGUUUUUGUUUUUGCUCUGAAAGUCAGCAGAAAUUAAGGAGUGUGUGUGCGUGCGCUGGAACCCCAAAAAGAAGGAGUGAAGUUAUUUAGUUUUUUUUUUGGUGUGGGGAAAAGUGUAUCUCAGGAUCUAAUUGAAGAAUCGUUCAGAACAACAUCGUCAGUGUUGCUAUUGUUUGCAGUGUGGGUGGAGAACAGCUAGACAGAGCAGCAGAACGUCCAGCCUUUCAUUGUGACCUGCGAGCAAUGCACCGUGGAAAAUUACGACAGUGUUGAAAUUCCCGCCUCACGAUGGAGUGCGACGUGUCCCCACCGGACAGCAGUAGCGGAUGCGGUGGUGCCGCCGCCGCCGCCGGAUCAACCCAACCCGGAACCCGCAGCCCGCUUGGCCGAUCCCGCCCCCCUCAACCGAAGCAGCAGCAGCACCUGAACUUGAGCAGUGGCAGCAGCAUCAGCAGCAGUAAUCUCAACAUUAGCGGAACCAGCAGCGGCCAGCGGAAUCUCCUGAACGUGAGCACCAGCACUUCGUCGUCCUCGUCGUCGUCGUCCUACUCGACGACGGUUCAUAGUAAUCAUCUUCAUCAGCCGGCGAGGCCGCAGCCGCAAAUGAUCAUGCACGAGGAGAUUGCGUUCCCGGAGGUGGUGUCGUGUACGCCCGAGUCGAGCUUCAACUUUUCCGAUGAGUACGAGUGCAACCCGCUGAAGGAGGUGGACCCGUUGAACGUGUCGGGGAGUUCGAUGGAUUUGUUGGCGGCGACUGCGUCGCCGGGGAAGGGUCAGGAGAAGGCGUCGGUGAAGCACGGCCAUCAUUUGCGGCGGAACGUUCCUAGGAUAGUGGUGAAGCAGGUUCCGAAGCAGCAGAUGGUGGCGACGACGGCUGUCGAGUCGGAGAAGCGGCCGAUUGGGCCGGCGUCGACGAUGCGGGAGGUUUUGGCGUCGAUUCCGGGGUUUAGUGUGAAGCCGCGGCGGAGGUCGAACAAGAAGAUGUCGACGGCGGCGCAGAUCGAGCAGACCAAGGAGGGCUGUAUAGAUUUGGAGACGCCGGACUCGAUCCUGGUCAAUACGAAUCUGCGUUCGCUGCUGAACAAGCAAACGUUCCAGAUGUUGCCACCGUUGUUCCAGUACAAGCUGGUGCAGCUGCUGCCGUCGGUGGAUCGGCCUUCGGUGCUGGACGCGGGCGAUUGCGAGCGGAACGGGUGCCGGUUGAAUCCGUCCAGUUUGAACAACGAGUUCUUUGCGCGGGCGUGUCUCGAGUGGCGCGACCGGUUAUCGGAGGGGGAGUUUACGCCGGAGAACCAGAUGAAGCUGCGCACGGAAGCGGAGAAGGAGAAGAGCAAGCUGGACCCGUGGAAGUUGAAGCACUUUGAGCCGAUGUGGGGUGACCGGGGCUCGUCGUCGGCGGCGAACGUGGGUGCGGCCGGAACCGGACCCAAUCCGUCUCCGCCGGGAACGCCGACCAAAGAUGCCGCGACGGUGGUUGAGCCAGCGCCCACGAAAACAAGCACUCCAAGACCUGCCCUCAAGACGACCAUCAAGCUGCGGCCAACGGCGGCGAUAUCGACGAGUACGACGGCCACGGUGGUCAGCCCGCCGGAAGCUACCGCCAGCACCAGCGGUAGCAGCAAUAUAAGCUUCGUGAACGCCAGCACGACGACGACCAUCAACAUCAGCAGCAGUAGUAGCAAUAGCAGCAGUACUGCUCCGACGACGCCGACCUCGUCCCGUGCCACCGCUGCCCUUUCGCCCACGGCCACUUCUUCACCGAAGCGGGUUCGCACCGUCGGAGCGGUGACCCGGGCAUCAUCCCAGGCGGCCAAAUCUCCGGUAACGCGGGUAGAAUCGCCAAAGCCUUCCACGUCCAGUGCAGUACCUUCGGUUACGGUGUCCGGCGUAGAUCUGGGACCCGCGCUGGCCGCAGCGGACACGGUCGAUUCCAGCAGCAGCAGCAGUUCCAGCAACAGCAACCCUCUGAUCGUGAGUGGGGCGUUGAAGCGCGUUCACAACCGUUCCCUGACGCCAGAACUAAGCAAUAGUAAGAUAUCCAAAUCGUCGGACGCGAGCGAUAGCAGUUGGACGGCGCCACCGGUCACCGUCGCAAGCGUACCCACUUCGGAAGAAUCCAAACCUGCACCCGCCACCCCACCAACGCCAGCAUGUGAUAUUCCCGCUCCCGAUCCCGAGCCCGAGUCGAAGGUCGAAGAACCCGCGUCGUCCGACCUGCUGGACGACGCAGACCUCCCAACCGAACCCGCCAUCGAGGAGAUCCCCGACGACGAUCCAGACGUGACGGAGGUCAUCAUGGAGAACCCGGGCACGCCCGAACCCAGCGAAGACGUCCUGCUCAAGUACGACGAGUACUCGACGAGCUCCAGCUCCAGCUCGGCGCCGAAUCUCAAACCUCAACCGCCCCCGCCCACCUCCGUGUACGACCAACAAUCCGGCCAACUUUACAACAUUGUGUGCGUCCCGUCGCCGGCGCCCUCAGCCCUAACACCCGCCACCAGCAGCAGCGAAGUCCCGCUCCAACCGCAACACCCACACCCAGAACACCACCAAAUCUACGCCCAGGACAGCAACAGCAGCAGCACCUCGACGACCGCCCUCAUGUCCUACAGCGACCAGGUGCCGCCGAACGCGCUCAGCAGCUUCGAGAACGUGCUGCAGAACAACGAAGAGCUGGUCAUCCGGCAGCGGGACAUCAGCAACGACGGAAGCAGCCGGAGUUCCGAGGCGAGCAGCAGCCAGCGGACGGUCAGCGCGGAGGUGAACAUGAACCUGACGGCGUACCACCACGACCACGAGCUGCUGCACCAGAGUGUGAGUGGGGGAGGAAGUGGUGGGGGUGCCGGCGGUGGGGAGGAGGAAGACGACGACGAGGACGACGAGUUGAACUGUGAUAACAACAACCAUAAUGAUUCCACCAACGAGGAAGGCGAUGGCGACGUUGGGGAGGAGGGUGGGACGGAGUCGAGACCGAGACUGAUACUGGAAGGGGAGGAGGACGAGGAAGGCGAUGGGUUGCACGUUGAUGACGAUCUGCACGGGUUGCAGUUGAUGGCGCAGCAGCACCAGAAUCACAACCACGGGCAACAUCAUCCGGUGGGGAUGCAGCAGCACCAGCAGCAUUCGGUUGUGGCCAUGGAAGAGCCGGAAUCUGGUGAGGAGGAGGAGGAGGAGGAAGGGGACGAAGAUGAUGAUGGGGACGAUGAUCAGAUGGACGAGAAGUUUAUCGACGCGGAGAAUUACGUGCUGGAGAGCGGGGAGAUCAGUACGGAAAUCGAAACAAUGGCCAUGCUAACGGAGAAUGCUACCGGUCCCGGCGAGGAAGAAGACGACGACGACGACGAAACGGAGGUCGGCGUAGACCUGGGCAUUGCCGGAGUUGCGGAAGCCGGUCCGAGCCCGCACGAGGAGGACAAUCUGAUCAUCCUGCACGAGUUGGACUUGAAAGGGGUGGGGGAGGACGAUGAGGAUGAGGACGAGGAGGAGGAGGAAGAAGAGGAUGACGAGGAGGAAGACGAGGAUCAACCGAUGGAGCAGGAGGUCGUUGGACAACCGCAGCAGGUGGAGGAAGCCGUUGCGGACGGUCCGGUGAUGUGUUCCGCGAGUGACUUGGACGGAUUCGACGGGAUUCAGGCGAUCAAGAUGGAGACGGACAGUAUCUUUGACAGCGGUGAUUGGCCAUUCAAGAUGAAGCUGGACCCGAAGAUGAUGAUGGUGGACCAGUUGGACUCGAGCAGUAUUAUCCUAACGCCGGCAACGACGACCACUUCCGUGUCCUCCGCGAUGGCGAUGCCAAGUGGCGCCGGAGCAGGUCAACAGCUGCAGGUUGUUCAUCAACAGCAACCGCAGCAGCCGCAGCAAAUUCACACGAUUCAGGCGUCGCAGCAGCAGCAACAACACUUGAUGAAUCAGCAAGUGUUUGUCCAACAUCAACAACAUCAUCAUCAGCAACAGCAGCAGCAGCAACAGCCAUUGAACGUGUAUCAGCUGCAGCAGGUUCAGCAUCAGCAGCAGCCGCACCAGAUGAUGUUGCCGCAGUCGCUAGCCAGCAGCAUUCUGUCAUCGGAGGCUAAGGACGUCCGCGCCAUCAUCAAGCCGGAAUCGACCGUCACCGGAAUGGUGCACGGCCGGCCCGCCACCGGUCAGCUCAUCACGCGCAUCAAGAUCGAGGGCGACGACGGCCAGAAGGUGCACGUGGUGACGUCCGGCAGCGACAACCUGACGCGGGUCAUCGAAAGCGUGGCGGGGAAUUACGGCAGUACGGCCGCCGCGACGAAUCACACCCAGCAGCUGCUGCAGCAACACCAGCACCAGCAGCAGCUUCUUCAGCAGGUCCCGCAGCACAUCAAGCUGGAAAUGGACGGGGGAGGUCAGUCGCAGCAGCAGCAACAGCAGCCCAAGUUCAUCAUUACGAGGCAGAUCGGCAACAAGAUUCCGAUCACGGUGACGAGCGGUCCGUCUGGUCAAAUCUUGCAGCAUCAAGCGGGUGGAGCGGGUGGUGCUGGCGGUACCGUAACGGCCACCCUGCAAAAGCCGAUACAGCUGCAGAAGAUCAUCAUGUCCAGUUCGAGUUUGCAGCCGCAACGGCCACGACUUCCGCUGCAACGUGCCCAGCUGCAGGUUCAACCCCAGCAAACCCAGUCCCAGCAGCGAUUCCAGCAAAAGUUCGUUACGAACCAGCUGAUUCGCGGCCAGAACGCAGCCAUCAUCAACAGUGUUCAGCAAUUGCAGCAGGUUCAGCAGCAGCAACAACAACAGCAAGCAGCGCAGGCUCAAGCUCAAGCUCAAGCCCAGGCGCAAGCGCAAGCACUGGCCAAUCAGCAGGCCCAACAGGCGGCGGCCACGGUCGGGGCGAACGUGGUCAUUGGACCGACGCCGCGCAAGACGCGCGUUGAGAUCACGGGCAGCGGGACGGUUCCGGCUAUUGCCGCUACCGCGGCGGCCUCUGCCAACAUUCCCGGCGCAUCCGCGCCGGUAGGUCCCGGAGGAAGUCGACGUGGGGGAAGGACAAGCAGCACGAGGUUACCGCCCGGGGCGGUCAACCUGGAGCGGAGCUACCAAAUCUGCCAGGCAGUCAUCCAGAACAGCCCGAAUCGGCAUCAGUUGCGGGCUCAACUGAAGCCACCGCAGGCGUUCCUGGCCAGUUCCAACUCGAACUCGAGCAACAGUAGCAAUAGCAACGGGAGCAGUAGCAGCGGUGCUGGUGGCGGCGGCGCCGGAAGUGGUAAGGAUGAGCCGACCAGCUUUGGAGGGGCCAUCGUGGGGAAUAAGGUCGGUCCCCGACUGGUCAACCCCAAGCGGAUAAUCUCCACCGUCGGCCGGCAACCGUCGUCCAUCGUGGUCCGGCACGUGUACACCACCGCCGGCCAGUCCAACCCGGGCACCAUUAGUAUUAUCUCCACCUCCCAGCAGCAGCAGCAGCAACAACAACAGCAAUUUCAACCGCAACAAACCCAGCAGCCGCAACCCGUCGUCCAGCAACGGAUAAUGACGGCGGCCGAGGCCGCGGCGGAGCUCCAACACGCCCAGAUCAUCAGCGUUUCGGGAUCGGGCACCAACGCCACCGGAACGAUAGCCGUCUCGACGGCCGGCCCAGUCGGGGCCAACUUUGGCGGCAAGUACGUGCUGGUGCAGCGGACUCACAUCGGUGAUAUUGUAACGCCGCGGGCGGCCAGUGCUCCACCGACGCAGAACCAGCAGCAGGUUAAUUCAGUAACCGGUGUCCCAAUAACGCUAGCGGGUCGUGGACGGCCAGCUUCGGUAGAUAUUGAUACACCUGUCUCCCUUCCCGAUUCUCAACAGCAGCAGCAGUUCCAGCAGCCCCAGCAACAACAACAAGUGCAAAUAAUUCAUCACCCGCCUCAGCAACUUAAUCAGCAGAUUGUAGGACCCAAUCCCGGGAUCCAAGCGGUGACCCGGAGGGGUCCCACCACGCAUGUAAUCUCGUACGGCGACAUUGGCAUCGACACGACAACGGUCGCCGGUGGCGCCGGCGCCGCCACCACCACCGCAGCCCACAUCCUGGACAGCAGCACCGCCAGCCACGCCAACGGAGCCCCCCACCCGAUGGCCGCGUCCCCGGCGUCGUCCUCGUCCGCCGCUCCCUCUCCGCUUCCUCCGGGCGCCACCAGUAGUAACAGUAACAGCAACAGUAGCAGCAUUAGCAGUAGCAGUAGCAGCAAUAACAAUAGCAGUAAUCACAACAAUCAUCAUCAUCAGCAGCAACAGCAGCAGAAUCAUCAACAGAAUCAAUGUUCGUGCUCGCUGAACGCGAUGGUCAUCUGUCAGCAGUGUGGGGCCUUCUGCCACGACGAUUGCAUGGGUGCUUCGAAGCUGUGCGUGUCCUGCGUCAUACGAUAGAGCUAGAGAGAGAAGGGGAAGGGAAAAGCCUGCGCAAAGACUCACGUAAUUUUGUCUAAAGUGUUGUCGUUUUCGUUUGUGUCGUUUUAUAUUGUUUGUAAAACUCCCUUCGGAAAACUCACUUGGAUUUGUUGGCUAAACAAAUCCAGAGCCCUGUGAAUAUAGUUGAUAAUAAGUGCAAACAAAACUACUACUUUUUAGUGUGUGAGAGCUUGCCGAGAGCCCCGCGCAGCUUGUGGUCGUAAACUAAGCUUGUACAUUUUUUCAUUCCUUUACAAACACACCCACACACACACACACUGCUGAGAAACGAGAAAAAGCGCGAGGAACGUUUGCCAGAUAUUGAAGAAUGAAAGCAGCAGAACUGAGCUAGUUGUAGGACGAAUCCCUCUUGUAAUAAUUAAAGCUAAGUAACAGAAUACAACAAAACACAAACAGAAACUCACACUAACACUCAAACACACACAUUCAAAAAAGCGCUGAAGUAAUAAAACUAUAAUCGAAAAAAGAAACCUUGACGCAAAACCUUACACCGAGGCGAUUUCAAUCAUUUAGUUUUUUAAUCUCUUUCUUACUCAACAAACCCGCGCGCACUGUUCCACACACACUCUGUGAUCUGUGAUUGGCUACAAACAAACAAACAAACAAACAAAAAAAAAGCAAGAAGAGAGAACAAUAGAAAACACUUUACUACGCAAAAUUUAAGUUACACGAAUUUAUCUUUGCUUCAAUUAUUUAUUUCAAAAUGUGACGGCGGUCCAGUUUUCAUUCGCUGCUUAAUGAAAGGUAGUGAGUAUCUUACGUUUAGUUACUACUUUUUAUUAAUUAAUCUUAUUAUACUAUGAUUACGCUUUAGUUAGGUGUACACCGUUAUCCAAAUACAAUUGCGCAAGAAGUAAAAUUGCUCGUCUCGUUGGAGAAGAGAUUGGUACUAUCCUGAUAAAA